AUGCUAGAUUUUAAGUAUGACUUCGAUGAUAUUAUUCCGUUGCCCAUCUCUAGUGAUGCAGAAGGUGAACUAUGUCAGAUAAUGUAUGACGACGACUACAAACAUUUAAUGGGCAUCGCUCGGGCUAUGCUAGAGUCAAAGGAGCUUUCAGAGCGUGCUUUGCACAUUACCAAUUCGGUAGUGGAAGUUGUGCCUGCCUUUUACACAAUUUGGAAUUAUCGGUACAAUAUUGUGAGAUUUCUAUACGGUGAGAAUGCUGAGGCACUCGAUAAGGAAUUGGACUGGUUAGAUGAAUUUACAUUGAACAACCCCAAAAACUACCAGAUUUGGUCUUACCGUCAAGCAAUUUUGCAGUUGCAUCCCAAACCAAGUUUUAAAAGAGAAUUGCCCAUUCUUCACUCGAUGAUUGAUGAUGACACUAAGAACUAUCAUGUGUGGUCCUACAGAAGGUGGUGCGUACUGUUCUUCAAAGAUUUCACCAAAGAACUCGCGUUUGCAGGUGAUUUCAUCCGUAGGGAUGUGUACAAUAAUAGUGCGUGGUGCCAUAGGAUGUUCGUACUCAAAAACUAUCAUCCUAGUGCACAAGAAAUAGAAGCUGAAAUAACAUACGCGAAGGAAAUGAUAGAGAAAGCGCCUCAAAACAUUAGCCCUUGGAAUUAUUUAAGAGGAAUUCAUGAAGUUUUCUUAAGCGGGAACUAUAGUCCCGAAACAGUAGAAUUCGCAUUGUCGUUUGUGGGAGAUUUCUUCGAACGCAAAUUCUCAAUAAAUCAUGAAGGCAGCCUGUGUGAAGAAGCCCCUGUAGUCGAAUCAUCUUUUGCAUUAGAACUCCUGGCUACUGUUUAUUCCAAGAGAAGGGAGCAUUUGCAGAAAGCAAAAGAGGCCUACCACGGUUUGAUUGCAUGGUAUGAUCCCAUACGUAAAAAUUUUUGGGAAUACAGACUGGGUCUGUUAGAAAAAGAUGAAGGUAAGUAA